AUGAUCUCCCUCGAAGCAAGCAAAAAGGUCUGCUCAAAACAAGCAGCACACCUCACCCGUGCGGUGAUCCCUUUGUUGUACCGGGCACAUACAGUUGGGCUUGGCUAUCCUGCAACAAUCCGGAUUGCUGCCAUAGCACAGCGGUGCCGGUCCUCUCAAAACACACGAAGCUUCUCCACGACAAACGCCAAUCAACUCCGUGAUAUCUUUCCGGCCAAAGAGACAACCUAUAUCCGCCAAACACCUCCAGCAUGGCCGCAUCCCGGCUACACCGAAGAGGAGAUGCUCGCCGUCACCCCGGCUCAUCGUCCUCCCAAGACCGUGGGGGAUUGGCUAGCCUGGAAGCUCGUGCGGCUUGCUAGAUGGGCGACCGAUCUUGCCACAGGAGUCGGGCGCGAUCAACAGGUCGACAUGAAGAACCCUACUACUGCCGUGGCCGCACGGAAACCAUUGACUGAGGCGCAAUGGCUCGUUCGAGUGAUCUUCCUCGAAUCCAUUGCCGGAGUGCCGGGGAUGGUCGGAGGCAUGUUGCGCCACUUGCAUUCCCUACGGCGCCUCAAGAGGGAUAACGGCUGGAUUGAGACGCUCCUCGAAGAGUCGUUCAACGAGCGGAUGCACCUGCUCGUCUUCACCAAAAUGGCCGAGCCGGGCUGGUUCAUGAAGACGAUGAUCCUCGGCGCCCAGGGCGUCUUCUUCAACGCCAUGUUCCUCAGCUACCUGAUCUCGCCCCGGAUCACCCACCGGUUCGUGGGCUACCUGGAAGAGGAAGCCGUCCACACGUACACGCGGCUGGUCCAAGAGAUCGAAAAUGGCGACCUACCGAAGUGGUCGGACCCGAAGUUUGAGAUCCCGCAAAUUGCCGUGCAGUAUUGGCGGAUGCCUGAGGGCAAGCGGACCAUGAAAGACCUCAUCCUCUACAUCAGGGCUGACGAGGCCGUCCACCGCGGCGUCAACCAUACCCUGAGCAACUUGAAUCAUGUCGAAGACCCAAACCCGUUUGUGAGUGACUACAAGGCCGGGUCAGAGCAGCGGAAGCCCCACGCCGACGCCGCCUUGAAAGCGACUGGAUAUGAGCGGGAAGAGGUCAUCGGUUGA